CUUAAGUCUUAACCCGACCCAGAUUUUUUUCUUCUUUCUAAUUCCUUGUUCUACAACGUUUCUUUUAUUAUCCUUCUUUCAGCUCGUCCACGAAAGUGAGAGAGACUUUCAUUUCAAAAUCUCAAAAAUUCGAUUUUUGUUCUGAUAUGUACCCAAAAGAACAUUGUCUUUCUUUUCAAUGCCAAAUCCAAGGUAAAACUACGCCACACCCACAAAGAAACCCAGAUCAUGAUCGUCAGAACCUACGGUCGCCGCAACUGUGGUUUAACCAGGACAUUUCACGACUCCCUGGACGAUGACUUUUCCGACUCAUUUCCUUUUCCCAAGAAACGGCGCCGUCUCAUGACAUCUACGACUUACCCUUACCAGCCACUCAAGAAUCCUCUUCCUUAUGGCCAUCCUCUCAAGAAUUCAACGACAACGGCCACAAGAACCAAACUAAAACGUCCGUUAAAACAAUAACAACCCAAAGGGAUUUUGAAUUCGACGAUUCGAAAAACGACGUCGUUAGAAGAUCCAAGAAACAUAAGCAAGGCCAGAGCAAGAAAGAAGUGGGGUGUUCUUCUAUGCCAUGGAUUUCGUCGAUUUCGAGUCUUAUGGAGGCUCAAGAAUUCGGGGAAAUGAUGAAGCACGUGGACGAAGUUAAUUUCGCGCUCGAUGGGUUAAAGAAAGGCCACCCGGUAAGGGUCAGGAGAGCGAGCCUCUUGUCUUUGCUUUCGAUUUGCGCCACCGCCCCACAGAGGAGAUUGUUGAGAACUCAUGGGAUGGCUAAGACAAUAAUUGAUUCUAUUUUGGGGCUCAACUUUGAUGACAUCCCAAGCAACCUGGCUGCUGCGGCUGUUUUCUACGUCUUAACCAAUGAUGUCUUGGACUCGGGGAAGAUGAUUGGCAGUGCUAAAAUGUGCUCGGGACUCUAUCUUCUCGAGGUUACAAAUCCUCCUCAAGGCACAACUUAUCAGUCCGAUUGUCUAGUGUUUGGGUCAAGUGACCAUCUCCUGGAGUCACCUUGUUGCAUUCGGUUUCUUAUUAAAAUUUUAAAGCCCAUUACCCCCCUGCUAAAGAAAACAAAAACAGAGAAGUGAGCUUUAAGCUUUUGGGAUUACUCAAGGAUGCUGACAUCUUACGGGAUGCAAUUCAAGUGUUGGAUUCAAGCUCUGCAGCCAUUAUUUCCAAAGUUGAGGAAAUACUCGUUAGUUGCAAGGAAAUGAAGUCAAGAUGCGGAGAUGAUAGUGGUUAAGAAGGCCAGAAUUAAGUCCCAAAUGGAUAGCUUUGUUGACUUGGAGAAAGCUUGUUUGUCUAAAAUUUCUUGAAGAUGCAACUAGUUCUGUAAGAAAAAUUGGGGGUAAUUUCAAGGAGAAAACUAGAGAGCUGAUGCUGUCUUUGAAGUGGCCAUGGAGUGCCAUUCUUGUUGCAUUUCAACUGAAGAAGAUUAGAAAAUACUGUUUUAAAUAUUGGGAAAGUCUUCUGGUUCUGAGUUCCAACUCUUACAUUUACAUGAAGAUAUUCAUAUUCAUGUUUGUCACAUAAUGCAUUAUCUCUGUAGGAUUGGGUGGAGCAGAAUUAUCUUCUCCCCUUACCGAAAAUAAAAAGGACCUGGAGAGCCUAGCUCUGCUUUCAAAAUAUUUGAAAAUAAUGGAAAAUGCGG